AUGCUACGAUCGAAGUCUACCCUCGCGAUCUUGCUAGCCUUGAGCUUUCUCUUUAAUGGAGCUCAAGCAUGGUUUACUAGAGAAGUCAUCGGCUAUGCAAUGAUUCCCCGUUCCGAAGCUGAUGAAAUCAAUGAGUUGAACGAGCUACACUCCAUAGGGGGAAUCUUAGGAAGUGAAAAUUCUCAAUUAGGAAAUGGCUUGAUAUUGCUCAACGAUCCUAGAGUCUUCCGGGAUGUAGAAGGAUAUUCGUAUUGUGUUAUCAAAGCGAAAAAGGAUAAGAUGAAAAGAAUCGGCAAAGUCUAUGUCCCGUAUUCUGAUGGUCAAACGGAGUUAUGGAACAGCAAUGAAAUGACCAUCAGAUCUCACAUCUACGGAGAGGAUUUGGUGGAAUUUCCCAACACAGCGCUGCGCUUCGCCUGGCUUAGGGGUCGCAGCCGGCAGCCGAUAGUGCUUAUCCCAUCGACGGUGAUACAACUCAAUUAUUUGAAGUUAUGGGGCAAAUGCUAUAGCACACCAGAUAAGCUGCUGGAAUCUUGGACAGAGGUCGUUAAAUGGAGCCAGAAAUCAAGUUGGACUAUUAAAGGAGAUCCUGGAGAACCGCACGAAUGA